UCCUCCCUCCCGGUUGAAUCGAAGCAUCACCGCGCUCUUGCUGCUUGGCUCGCGCUGCCAGAUUAGCGUGUCGUUUUCUUCGCUCGCGCUCCCUCUCGCGCUGUCUCUCACGCUCUCACGAGCUGUCAGGCUCGCGGCCCCCCUCGUCCUGCGCCACGCGCCCCGUUCACAGCACAGCACAGUACAGUACAGCACAGCACAGCGAUGCUGUCCGCGCGCUGAAGCUCCGUCCUCCGCUGGACGCAGCAGCGCUCGAGACGCGCGUGCAGAUUCUUCUGCUCGGUUUUGUUCCUUUGCUCCUGGUUCUUGUGCUUUAGUCGGUGAACGGGCGGACCCGAACCGAGCCGUUGUUUUGGAGAAGGAGGUAUUGGAGGAGGUGGUGGUGGUGGGGGGGUACUAGCUAGCUACUGGGCCGGAGACUGGUGGGCUCUGUCGCCGGAUUACACACUACACACAGCAGGCUGUUCUGGGGUUUGGUCAUCCCUCCUCGUCCCUGUCCCCGCGGCUCAUCUCUCAUCUCUAAAGAAGAUGUGGUGUGUGUGUCAGAGGAGCACUCCAUGGCUCUAAGGUGUACGAGAGAGCGCUCUAGUAGCCAGUCAGAGCAGAGGUCAACGGGGUCAUCGAGGGUCAUGUGGUCGACACAACUACUCUUCCUCUUCGCCUUCUUCACACCUGUCACGCUCGUGCUGAGUCGGGCUCCUGUGCCGAUGGCUGUGGUUCGGCGAGAGUUGUCGUGUGAGGGUUACCCCAUCGAGCUGCGCUGCCCCGGCACUGACGUCAUCAUGAUCGAGAGCGCCAACUACGGUCGCACUGACGACAAGAUCUGUGACUCGGACCCUGCCCAGAUGGAGAACACACGCUGCUACCUGCCCGACGCCUACAAGAUCAUGGGCUUUAGGUGUAAUAACAGGACACAGUGUGCAGUGGUUGCAGGUCCAGAUGUUUUUCCUGAUCCCUGUCCCGGAACGUACAAGUAUCUGGAAGUUCAGUACGAGUGUGUUCCAUACAAAGUGGAGCAGAGAGUCUUUCUGUGUCCAGGUAUCUUGAAAGGCGUUUACCAGAGCGAGCACCUGUUUGAGUCGGACCACCAGUCGGGAUCGUGGUGCAAGGACCCCCUGCAGUCCUCCAAUAAGAUCUACUACAUGCCCUGGACUCCGUACCGUACAGACACGCUAACAGAAUACUCGUCCAAAGAGGACUUCAUAGCCGGCCGUCCCACCACCACGUACAAACUGCCCCACCGGGUGGACGGCACAGGCUUCGUGGUGUACGAUGGCGCGCUGUUCUUCAACAAGGAGCGAACGCGCAACAUCGUCAAGUUUGACCUGCGAACGCGCAUCAAGAGCGGAGAGGCUAUAAUCGCCAACGCCAACUACCACGACACCUCGCCCUACCGCUGGGGGGGCAAGUCGGACAUCGACCUGGCGGUGGACGAGAACGGCCUGUGGGUCAUUUACGCCACCGAGCAGAACAACGGCCGCAUCGUGGUCAGCCAGCUAAACCCGUACACCCUGCGCAUCGAAGGCUCGUGGGACACCACGUACGACAAGCGCUCCGCCUCCAACGCCUUCAUGAUCUGCGGGGUUCUCUACGUAGUAAAGAGCGUCUACGAGGACGACGACAACGAAGCAUCGGGAAAUAAGAUUGAUUACAUGUACAGCACGGACAAGAGCCGCGAGACUCACAUCAACAUCCCCUUCCCUAAUUCCUACCAGUACAUCGCCGCCGUGGACUACAACCCGCGGGACAACCUCCUGUACGUCUGGAAUAACUACCACGUCGUCAAGUACUCGCUGGAUUUCGGCAACAACGACAACCGACUGGGCUUCGAUCCUCCCUCCUCAGUUCUUUUUCCUGAUCAGCUGCCUCCAGCGCGGAGCUCCACGUCCCGCCCUCAUCCGUACACAGGCACUCUGAGGCCCUACCUUACCAGUACCACCACCACCACCAUGGCACCGCCUCGGCGUCGCGACGACGACAACAACUUCCUCCCUGAGGUUCUGACCCGCCCCCCUCCCUCAGUCCAGACACCGGUUGUUAUCGACUACUGCUCCUCACGCAUCACUGCAGAAAUCUCCUGGCCCCAGACUCACCAGGGACAGGUCGCCAAGCAGCCAUGCCCACCGGGCACCAUAGGUGUUGCAACGUAUACCUGCAUGAUGGGCUAUUGGGACCCAAAGGGACCAGAUAUGAGUAACUGCACAUCGCCGUGGACCAAUCACAUCACUCAGAGGAUGAGGUCCGGGGAGACGGCGGCGAUCGUGGCCCGCGAGCUGGCCGAGCAGACGAAGGUGGAGCUGCGGCCCGGAGACGUUCCCUCCACGGUUAAAGCCAUGGCACAGCUGGUGGAGCUGCUGGACGUCCAGCUCCGGAACCUAACGCCUGGGGGGAAAGAUACAGCGGCACGCAGCCUUAACAAGCUCCAGAAGAGAGAGAGGUCGUGCCGAUUCUUCCUGCAGGCGAUGGUGGAGACGGUGAAUAACCUGCUGGAGGUGCACUCUCAGACAGCGUGGAAGGCCCUGGCGGUCAGUGAGCAGCUGCGCUGUGCCACCAUGCUGCUGGACACUGUCGAGACUGGCGCGUUCAUGCUGGCGGAUAACCUGCUGAAGACCGACACCAUACAGGAAAGCGCCAAAAAUAUCCAGCUAGAAGUGGCACGGUUAAGCACAGAUGGGAACCUGGUGGACCUGUCGUUCCCGCAGUCUGAAUCUUCCGGCAACUCAAUUCAUCUCUCAGCGAACACACUGAAACAGCACGGACGCAACGGUGAGAUCCGCAUGGCGCUGGUUCUGUAUAAGAACCUGGGUCAGUACCUGUCCACAGAGAAUGCCAGCGUGAGACUGAGCAGUGAAGCUGCUUAUCCCAACUACUCCCUCAUCGUUAACUCACCUGUUAUUACAGCGGCUAUUAACAAAGACAGCAACAAGGUCUACCUGUCUGAACCUGUGGUGUUCACUGUCAGACAUCUACAGCAGUCGGAGGAGAACUUCAACCCAAACUGCUCGUUCUGGAGCUACUCCAAACGCACCAUGACGGGCUACUGGUCCACGCAGGACUGCAGGCUGCUCGGAUCCAACCGCACACACACCUCCUGCUCCUGCACACACCUCACCAACUUUGCCGUGCUGAUGGCACACGUGGAGGUCAAGAAGGCAGAUCAGAUGCAGAAGCUGUUAUUGGAUCUGAUUACGUGGGUGGGGAUUCUGCUAUCUCUCGUCUGUCUGCUCAUCUGUAUCUUCACCUUCUGCUUCUUCCGUGGCCUUCAAAGCGACCGCAACACCAUCCACAAGAACCUCUGCAUCUCACUCUUCAUCGCCGAGACGCUAUUCCUCACUGGCAUCCACCGCACCGACCAACCGAUUGUGUGUGCUGUGUUCGCGGCUCUGCUGCACUUCUUCUUUCUGGCUGCGUUUACCUGGAUGUUUCUGGAGGGGGUGCAGUUGUACAUCAUGCUGGUGGAGGUGUUCGAGAGUGAAUACUCGCGCACCAAAUACUUUUACCUCACUGGAUACGGCGUCCCCGCCCUCAUAGUCGCUGUCUCCGCCGCCGUCGACUACCGCAGCUACGGGACGGACAGAGUGUGCUGGCUGCGCUUAGAUACCUACUUCAUCUGGAGCUUCAUUGGCCCUGCAACUCUCAUCAUCAUGCUGAAUGUGAUUUUCCUGGGCAUUGCACUUUACAAGAUGUUCCACCACACUGCUAUUCUGAAACCAGACUCUGGUUGCCUGGACAACAUCAAGUCGUGGGUUAUUGGUGAUAUUGCGCUGCUGUGUUUGCUGGGUCUGACUUGGGCGUUUGGGCUGAUGUACAUUAAUGAGAACACCAUGAUCAUGGCCUACCUCUUCACCAUCUUCAACUCCCUGCAGAGCAUGUUCAUCUUCAUCUUCCACUGUGUCCUGCAGAAGAAGGUGCGUAAGGAGUAUGGCAGGUGUCUUCGUACACAUUGCUGCAGCGGGAAGAGUGUAGAGUCGACUAUCUCCACUUCCACCAAGACCAGCACAGCUCGGACACCUGGACGCUACUCCACUAACUCUCAGAGUCGUAUUCGCAGGAUGUGGAAUGACACUGUCAGGAAGCAGUCUGAGUCGUCUUUCAUCACUGGGGAUAUUAACAGCUCAGCUACUUUAAACAGAGGUACCAUGGCUAAUCAUCUCAUCUCUAACGCACUGUUGCGUCCUCAUGGCACUAAUCCCUAUAACACACUGCUUGGAGAGUCCGCAGUGUACAAUAACCCGUCUGCAAACAUGUUCAACACGCAAGCCUCCUACAGAGAUUCAAAGGGCAUGCUGAACAACGCUCGUGACUCCAGCGUCAUGGACACGCUGCCGCUCAACGGUAACCAUGGCAGCAGCUACGGCAUGGCGGCGGGCGAUUACCUGACAUACAGCUCGCGAGGCAGUGAGCCGCCCACCACGCUGGAGAAGAAGAUCCUGAAAGAGCUGACGGCAAACUACACUGCGCCAUACAUGACUGCGCCAGAGCGCCAGGGCAACCCCAGCGCCAAGCUCAGCAACCACAUGGCCAAUGGGGGUGUGCCCAAGGAUGACGUUAUGGUGCUAGACAACCCUGGCGCUUUCCACCGGCACGACGAUAGCGGCGGCGGAGGCCUCAGCCUGGAGAUCAUCCGGGAAGAGUCACAAGCACCUCUCCUGCCUCCCAGGCCGCCCCCGCCUGACGGUCAUGCCCCGCCUACUUUGCACACUUUUUCCACCCACCGGCGCCUGCCACAGGAGAACAGUGAAAGUUUCUUUCCCCUGCUGCCCAAUGAGACUCAAAAUGCACUAAGAGACUCCAUCUACACAAGCAUGCCCACGCUUACCGACCUGCCCCGCGGCACAGAAGACCUCAUCAACGGACUCCACGAUGAUGAAGACGAGGACGACGAGGCUGAGGAAGAAGAGGAGGACGAGGGCAGCGAGCUGCAGAUCCAGCUGGCCAACGGGAAAGGGGUCGUUGGGGAUGCAGACGAUGUGUACUACAAGAGCAUGCCAAAUCUUGGCUCGCGUAACCACAUACAGGAACUGCAGAGCUACUACCAGAUGGGCCGAGGUGGCAGCGAUGGCUUCAUCGCACCACCCGAGAAGGACGAGUCGUCGCCCGAGGAACAGCCACAAGACCCCUCCCACCUGGUCACAAGCUUAUAGAGCUGUUUGUGAUAAUGCAAUGCACAAGGCACGGGAAAACCACUACCUACUGCACUGAUAGAUCCUUAUUGACCAGACCGAUAACCAGAUCAGAUAGCUUACCCGAUACCAAUGAAGACCAGUACCCGAUACAAAUUAGCACUAGUAAUCAGUACCUGUUAGGGCCUGAUUUCAGUCCUAGUACCAUCUCCACUGAGCAAAUAUAGUGUGGUUUGUGUACCUGUUUUACACAACAGAAAGACCCCACUUCAUUCGAACCUUUAAGUGGAGGGCUUGACAGACCCAUUUUUUUAAUAGUCAUUUUGAAUAGCUUGAUAAACUGACCUGUUGGAUUUGAACUGGGACAGAGCCUACCAGUGGACAUGGCGGACAUCUGGAGCAAUGGAUUCCAGUCAGAGUAACGUCCACUCCUGCACCACUUCACCCCUGUGUAAUGACUUUGUCCAAAAGCUGUCUGGGUAUCCUUCAAGCUCCUGAGGAUUGCUCUAGUGUCAAAUGCAUACAAAUUGAUAGCGACAGACUAGUUGCCAUUUUAGAUGAUUAUGUAUGUUGAUAAGACACCAACCUGGACCUCGACCCUUAUAAAACUGCAAUCCUUAAAACUCCACCAAGACACCACAACUCUCUAGACUGCAGACGGCAGCGACUCUGCUGCACACAUUCCUUCCUGUUUAGCACCGAAUACCGUUUUCAGAGUACGAAGUCAUGACAAACCAUGUAAUCCUAAAGACUCGAGGAAGUGUCUCUUUUCUUACGUUUAUUUUUCUGUAACAAUAUCAGUUAUUGAGAGGUAAUACGCACUAUUAACAAAAACACGGGACAGAUUUCUAUGUAAAAUGUACAGAGCCCCCUGCAUUGCAUAUGAUCAUAUGCGUCUCAAGUUUUUUGAUAUACUUUUCCCUCCAUAUGUGUUUGUGUAGAACUUAGACCAAUCCAGAAACUGUGCUGGUCCUCCGUACUAUUCCCCCCUAUCCCCUCCCCAACCGUGACCACUAGGAGUGACCAAACUCCCCAAACACCCACAGCUCGCCUGCACAAACACACAUAUAUUCACACAGAAAUGCAAACACACUCUUCCUUAUUUAUAACCAAAUAACACACACCACUCUUCUUCUUUUAGAAGCAUUGCUGUCACAGUCAUUUCACUUCCAAUGAAAAUUUUAAAACUACAUUUUUAUGUUUGCACACUGUGUUGAUCCUGUCUGAAAGAAAGCAGGCUCCGGUGAAAAUCAUGGGCUAAGAAAGCUCUGGAACGUUCCAGUUAUCACAGAUCUGAUUACUGAUCAGAUCACAGUAGCAGGAGAUCACUGGAUGCCCUGCUGCCAGGCUGAAUCAGUAUCAUCAGCGUAGUAUAAUAUACUCACCUGGCAGUAGAUGGCAAAGGGUAAAGGAGGGUAAACGAAGGUGUUGGGACCGGUGCCCACAGGGUCGAGUGGAGCGAGAACAAAGUACAAAAGCUUUUUCUCUGCGAAUAGAAGAGCAGGCUAUCGAGGUCAGGCAUAGUUUAGCGCUGUUUGAAAUGAUAAGGGGCUGUUUUUUUAUUUGAUUCAGAUCUACUGUUUACUCUUUCUCUAAACGAGAUUUCCUGUAGCUUGCACAUCUACUUCCUUACUGUCUUUCCCCAAGAAAAAAAAACUUACUGCAUAUCUAUCCCCAUGAGGUGCUUUCACAGAUCUGAACCGUCGGAUCGAUCUUGGGUAGAGGAGAGAUUUUAAAAAUCUGAUCGGCACUGAGACCUUUUUUAUCAUUAUGAUUAUUAUUACCAUCAAUAUUGUUAUUAUGAUUAUUACGAUAUCUAUGGAAUUAUUAUUUAUUCUUUUCAUAUGCAUUCUAAAUUGAAUGAACUCAUAACUAAUAUUUGUUGUAACAGUGAAAGUUGUUUGCCAACAAAUAAAAUGACUGAAUUAAUAUUUAGAA